AUGGCCUGGACCCCUCUCCUGCUCCCCCUCCUCACUCUCUGCACAGGUUCUGUGGCCUCUUCUCAGCUGACUCAGCCACCUGCGGCAUCCGUGUCCUUAGGACAGACGGCCAGGAUCACCUGCCAGGGAGACAACGUAGGAAGCUAUUAUGCUGGCUGGUACCAGCAGAAGCCAGGCCAGGCUCCUGUGCUGGUCAUUUAUGGUGAUAGCAACCGUGCCUCAGGGAUCCCUGACCGAUUCUCUGGCUCCAAAUCAGGGAACACAGCCACCCUGACCAUCAGCAGAGCCCAGGCCGAGGACGAGGCUGACUAUUACUGUGGUACUGGUCUCUGUGCUGUGCCUGUGCUGACCCAGACCCCAUCUGCAUCUUCUUCCCUGGGAGGCUCGGCCAAGCUCACCUACACCCUGAGCAGUGAGCACAGCACAUACUUCAUUGAGUGGUAUCAACAGAGAGUAGGGCAGGCCCCUAGGUAUCUGAUGAAGCUGACCAGUGACGGAAGCGUCACCAAGGGGGAUGGGAUCCCCUACCGCAUCACAGGCUCCAGCUCUGGGGCUGACCGCUACCUGACCAUCGCCAACAUCCAGUCUGAGGACGAGACUGAGUAUAUCUGUGGUGUCAGCUACAAAACUGAUGGCCAAUAUGGUUACCCCAGUGACCCAGACAAAGGGGAAAUGAGGCCAAAACCUCCCGCCCAUGCCCUUCGUCCCACGGCACCAGGGUGA